AGAGCGUGGGAAACCGAGAGAAAAGCACAGAGAGAGUGAGGAGAGGACCGAGAACAAAUAAGCGCCAGUGAGAGAGAACAACAAGUGAAAGUGACCAUGUCCACCACUAUGGCCGUCCCGGCGACCCCUCCUGUCCUCUCACCCGGCUCAGGAGCACCUUCCUCCUUGGGAAUAUUCCGCUCAGACCCGAUCUACACCGCCACAACCACCAGCCCUCAUCCAGACUCCCCGCGGCUCACCACCACCGGACUCAACCCCUUCCUAACCGGGUCAGGAGUCCCAUCCGGUGGCUUGGGAUUCGCCAACACACCGGUUUUUCGAGAUCGAGGAAUUUCCACCACUACAACUACAACCACAACCAGUGAGUGCAGAAUGGUCGAUGUACACGGAGUAAAAGUCGCCUCUUUCAGCGUCGGAGGACAGGACGACUUGAUUUGUCUACCCCAAGUUUUUGACCUCUUUCUAAAACAUCUCGUCGGCGGGCUUCAUACCGUUUACACCAAGCUGAAACGCCUGGAUAUUUGUCCGGUUGUGUGUACUGUGUCGCAGGUCCGGGUCCUGAGGGGUCUCGGUGCGAUCCAACCGGGAGUCAACCGCUGCAAGCUCAUCUCCAGGCGAGACUUCGAGGCGCUCUACACUGAUUGCACCAUUGCGAGCGUGUGGAUUCCACAGGCCACAAGUAAAAACCCAGUCGAGGUCCACUGUGCUGCAGCGUGUGGAUUCCACAGGCCACAAGUAAAAACCCAGUCGAGGUCCACUGUGCUGCAGCGUGUGGAUUCCACAGGCCACAACGUGUGGAUUCCACAGGCCACAAGUAAAAACCCAGUCGAGGUCCACUGUGCUGCAGCGUGUGGAUUCCACAGGCCACAAGUAAAACCCAGUCGAGGUCCACUGUGCUGCAGCGUGUGGAUUCCACAGGCCACAAGUAAAAACCCAGUCGAGGUCCACUGUGCUGCAGCGUGUGGAUUCCACAGGCCACAAGUAAAAACCCAGUCGAGGUCCACUGUGCUGCAGCGUGUGGAUUCCACAGGCCACAACGUGUGGAUUCCACAGGCCACAAGUAAAAACCCAGUCGAGGUCCACUGUGCUGCAGCGUGUGGAUUCCACAGGCCACAAGUAAAAACCCAGUCGAGGUCCACUGUGCUGCAGCGUGUGGAUUCCACAGGCCACAAAAAGCCCUAG